CGGCUACAGUAAAGGAAUUUCAGUAGACGACAGUUGAACGUGGCACAAAUUGCUAUUUCAAAGUGCGUGCGGAUUAAUUGUCUUACGUUGUGAAAGUUACAUCUCUCAGGUUGUAAUCUAUGACGAAUCUUUAUAAUGUGUUACUGUUACAGUGUCCCGUGUUAUAAUAUUCUAUGACUAUUGAAAGCUAGUCAUGAAUUUCGGAAGUGUAGAAUGCCCGUUGCGUAGGUCGAAAAUAACAUACGCCACAGGCGCCAUUGAAUCGCGCCAUCUGGAUAUCGUUAGGAAGAAAUUAUAUUAGCGAAAUUUGGAAAAACUUUUGAAUAAUGUUAUUACUCUUUCCAGUUACGAGUGUAACAAGGUAAAAUUAAUGAAUUAAAAAAUUGGCGUAAUACGCAUCAAUUACGUUUACCUCAAGUUUGAAUGCAAGAACGUGUAAAGUUUACAAUUAAAUCUACUUAACCUCAAUUUCGAAUGAAAAAUGAAUACCUGCGUUUAUGAGAACAUAAUUUCAUAUUUAUCUUAUGAAGAAAAUAAAAAGAUUCAGUCUGCUUUGAAAGAAGAAGUCAAAGGCAUUUUUCAUUUUACAAACAGAAACGUGAACUUCGGAAACUUGAAAAUAUCAGUGAUAUUGAAGUAAUAACUACACUCUAAUGCAAUAACAAUAGUGUAACAUUGAGGAUACUUGAUUUCUAUCAGCUUUUUUGUGAAUCAUUGAAUUUUUAUUAAUGACAUGUAAUACAUGUUAUAGUAUGAUAUUAAAAAAACUUGGAUAAAAAUAAGAAGUAUUAUAAAUGCAACAUGCACAACUGGUGUUACAAGGAUUAAUUUUUCUUUGUACUGAAUGAUAAGGAUAUAGACAUUAAAACACUUUACAAAUAUAUAUUAAGCAUAUGAUGCAAAGAAUUUAAGUCACUGGAUUAAAAAUGCAGCACAUUGAAGUGAAUAACAGAGAUCACAACUAUAGUGAAGUAAAAGUAGAAAAUCUGCAGCAUGCUGAUGACAGUACUUCGAAUGUAUCUACGAAUGAUGUGAAAGCUGUUCAUAAAUUAAACAAAUCUUCAUUAGUACCAAACAAAGAAACAUUUGGUCAAGUUAAAGAUAUAAAUGAAUUAAAAAAGAUAACACCACGUGUAAAACUAUUGGCUCAUGAUGCUAGCAGUUUAACUGAGUUAACAAAAAUUUCUUUUCACAAUAAAAUAUCUGCACAAAAGAAGGUAUGCAUAUCAGAACAAACAAAGCAAGAAUUAAAAAAGUAUUGCAGGACUUGUGCUGGUUUAAAACUUCCAUUAGUAGAUAUUUUCAGUGAAAAGGGUAUUCAAAUGAGAUUGAGUCAACAACUUAAACAUUUAGAAGAGAUAAAUCCAUAUGAUAGCUUAUCAACUCAAAUGUGCAUGGACUGUAUUUGUGACUUAAAAAUGAGUUAUAAGUUUUUUAUGCAAAUUAAAAAAGCAGAAGUAAAAUUAAAGUCUAUUCACAAUUCUUUGGCAGAUACAGCAGCAAAGAAUGCAGAGAUGAACAAAAUGAAAUCAAUAGUAGAUGUUGAAAAAUCAGAAAUAAAGAUAGAAAGUUGCAAAGAGCGCAACACGAUUGAUCUGUAUCCUAGUAAAAAACACAAUGAACAAAUGACUGCACAAGAUUUGAUAACUACUUUAACAAAAGAAGAACAAAAAUGUUCAACAAAAAUUGAAACCAUAGAUAUUACUAGAGAAUCUGAUAAUAAUGUUACAGUAAAGAUUUUCGAAGAUAUGACACUUCAUCAUAAUAGUGAUGAUAAUGAGUCUAUAGAAGAAUUUGAUCCAGAUGAUCCACCUUUUCAACCUGAUAGUUCUGAUGCUGUAGAGUCUGAUGAUGAAAUUAAUGUUCAAAUAUCAAGCACGAAAAAGAAAAAUAUUCAACAAAAGGAUAGUAUUCUGAAGAAAUGUUUACAACCAGUCUUUAUCUGUGACAGUAAUUCUGCUUCAGAUAACAAAACCACAGAUGUUAAUCAAACAACAUAUAAAUAUGAUACAUCAUCGAAUGUAUACAUCAAAUUAGAGAAGAGUACAGAAGGUAGUAAUUGUACUACUGAACCAUAUAGCAUAUCCAAAUCUGAAACUGUAUGUAACAGUGAAAGUACAAAAGAAUCUUCAAAACAGCCGAACAUAUUGAAAAGGAGGCUUUUAUUACAAUCAAAGAAAGAACCCAGUGAAGAAACAGACGAAAAUAUAUGUCAAUCUAAUGCCUCCGACAAAGGUGGAACUUAUAAAGAUGUUAAAGUACAAAAAUUGGAUUUGAACAAUCCUUUAAGCAUUAAUAGCAAUCAGGAAGAUGGGAUCAUGUAUGUUACUGUUAAAGGUUCUAAACCAAACGAACUAUUAUUAGUCAAAGUUAAAAAGAUGGAUAAACCAUUAGAGAAAAAAGAAGAGAAACCUGUAGGGAAGAAAAGUUUUGAUAUCAAACCAAUGGAAAAAAUCUUGAAACGGUAUGAAACAUUAGCCAUAAAAGAAAAAGAGCUCUUUCCAGAGCGGACAAAAAAGUCUGAAAUGAGAGAGCAGAUUAUUGAAGAACAAAUCGAAGAGUAUAAGAAAAAACGAGAAAAAGUAUUAGGAGGUCAUGCUAAUAUUUCACUUCCCCUCAAACUUGAAGAAACUCAAACUCGUUUUGUAAAACGUAGUGAAAUUCAGGAGAAUAAAAAAUCCUCUACAUGCGGAGACAUUGAUUCAAUUGUAAAUGUACAGUUUGAUAAAGAUAAUAAUGAUAGUAAUGCAAGUACUAUUAAAAAUGAUAAUGAUAGUUCAGGAAAUGCAGAAAUUAUAAAAGAUAAAUCUACUAAUGAAAAGACUUAUGUAAAUACUGAAGAAUAUUUAUCACGCUUAGCAAAACUUAAGCUGAAGUGGGAGGAAGCAAAGAAAAAGAAAGAGUUUCUUCAAAAAGAACUUGAUGAAUCUUAUACAGAAGGAAAUAUUGAGAAGUUAACAAGAAUCCUAGGAGAGAAAGAAAAAAAUUUGCAAGACUUUCAAGACUAUCUGAAACAACGUAAAAUUGUUGUUACAAGAUUAAAAGAUGAAGACAUAAUAUCUCUGUAUGAAGACAGAAAUAACGCUGUGUUAAAAAACAGUUUACCCGACUUAAUUGAUGAAAGUCAACCAGCAGAUUAUAUUCCAGAAGAGCAUUAUUUAGAAUGUGAUUAUUGUCCAGAAACUUUUGCUUCUAAAGAUGUACUCGAAGAACAUUUAAAACUGCAUGAUUACAAAAUUAUGCAUUAUUGUGAAGAUUGUAUGGAAGAGUUUCCAACGAACAAAGCAAAAAGGAGUCACAAUGUAAUCUGCAUAAAAAAAAAGUUAUGUAAAUAUUGCGACAUGAUGUUAGAUUCUAAGGGGAAAAAGCGACAACAUGAACAAAAACAUUGCGACAAUAUGUAUGGACAACUAUGUGAUGUUUGUGGUGAAAAAUUUAAACAUCAAGGAACAUUAGAUCAACAUGUAAAAACACAGCAUAUGAGUUGGGAAAAAAUAUUUCAAUGUCCAAAGUGUCCCAAAAAAUUUGCAUUCAAACAAAAACUUAGCUUCCAUUUGAAGUCUGUGCACACAACUUUAAGAGCUUAUUUAUGUGAAGAUUGUGGAGCAGAUUUUAAAAAUCCUGCAAGCCUUAGACAUCAUAGAAUACGCAAACAUCAACCAGUAGGCAAUAAACGUGAGUGUCCAGUUUGCCACAAAUUAGUGCCAUUUUAUAGCCUUUCAAAGCACAUGCAUACACAUAAGGCAUAUACUAUUCAGUGUCCACACUGUGACAAAAUGUUUAAAAACAGUUCUACUUUAAAACAACAUGUACGAAUUCAUGAAGAUCAGCGACAGUAUAGAUGCGAUACUUGUGGUGUUGGUUUUAAUAGACGUGAUGGUUUGAGAUUGCAUAUGAGAGUUCAUGAAAAAACUGACAGCAGAGGACUAAAGGAAUGUUCUUGUCAAGUGUGUGGCGAAAAAUUUCCAAACCAUUCAACACUUGUUAUACAUAGAAACCGAGUCCAUAAAGACGGUAGACAAUACACUUGUCACAUAUGUAAUAGAUCAAUGAUUUCAACUAGAUCAUUAGAAUGGCAUAUGUCUCAUAUACAUAAUGAAUCUCUUCCUGGUGUUGUGAAAGAAGAUUCAGAUGGAACACCAGAAAAGAAGAGAGUAUCAUGUUAUCAUUGUAAUAAAACAUUUAAAACAGAAAUGAUUUUAAGGACACAUAUUAAGAACACUCACAUGGAAAAAGAUCCUAUGAAAUGUUUAGACUGUGAGUUGACAUUUACUUCAGAAGUGAGAUUAAAACAUCAUAUGAUGGUAACUCACAAUAGACUAGAAGGAACAUUACCUUGUCCUCACUGUCCAAAGAGGUUUGUGAAUCAGCUGAGGUUAAAAACACAUAUGAUAUCUCACUCUGAAGAAAGACCAUAUACUUGUGAGAUUUGUGGAUUUAACUUAAAGACAAAAAUUCAGUUGAUUAAACAUCACCAAAAUAGACAUAGUGAUGAAAGGCCUUUACAAUGUAGGUACUGUCCAUGGAGAUGCAAACAAGUUAGUGCUCUUGUGUGUCAUGAAAGAACACAUACGAAUGAACGGCCAUACUCUUGUAGUGUGUGCAGACAACGUUUCAAAUACUUAGGUGAUAAAAACAAACAUGAAAGACGUCACGAAAGUUUAGGAGGAUCAGGAUUUAAAAGAAUUGUACCUGGUCGAAAUAUUAAACCCAAAAUUGAAGAAGAUUCUUCUUGUUCUGAUCAAGAACAAGAAGGUAUAACUAAUGCAGAAUCUCAAGUUGCUGAAGGAGAGUACGAAGAACAGACAGACCAAGAUUUCAAAGAAGAACAAAUUGUUAAGUACGAAGAACAAGAAAUAACAGAAGAAUAUGAACAGGUGUAUGAACAGGAGUAUGAAGAAACAUCCAGGGAAGCUUCAGAUGCAGCAGAAGUAAUAAUGAAUAUGGAAGAUACUACUGUUUAUACAGAAGAAGUAACUGCAGACAAUAUUGAAUCUGCAGAAAUAAUGGCAGACGAAAUGAUGACAAAUGAAAUACUGCAAUCAGGUGCUGUAGUUCAUUUGCAACAAGAAGACGAUUCAGGAAAGAUACAAGUGAUCCCAGUUAUGCUGUCUUUACCUGAUUUAUCCGAUGCAAAUACUGAAGUUAAUUUAGCUACAGCAUCAAUUAUGUAUAAUAAUUGAAUUUAAUAUCGCAUUUUACAUUUGCGAUUCUGUGUAAAAAUGAACUUUUAUUAUAGUAAUUAAAAUUGAAAAAACUUUUUAAUUGGGGCAGAGAA